UAUAUUUAUAAUAAAUUUUAAAAUGACUAAAAGAAGUAAGAGGAAUAAAAAGAGAACAAGUUCCAAAAUAGAUGAGGAAUUCCUGGAACCAUAUGUUAAUUCAAGAAAAAGGGAUAAUCCAAGUGCAGUUAGAUUUAAUAUUGAUACAUUCGGUAAAUUGUCCUUAAGAAAUUCUAAAUUAACGCAAGUAAGGAAGUCAAACCACUACAAGAAUAAAAACAGCCCAGAACAUGUCAAGAUUAAAAAAUUAAAGAAUAAAAUCACUUUUAAUAAUAAAAUUGAAAUUGAUUCGAAACCUUUAGAGGAUGAUGUUCCGGUUGAUGUUUGGGAUGAUUCCAUAUUUAACUCCAAGGAUAAAAGAAAUAAAAUACAGAAUAUUAACCAAUUAAUACCUCCAGUUGAACUCCCACACCCAGGCCAGAGUUACAAUCCAAACCCUGAGGAUUAUCAAUCCUUAUUAAAUCAAGCUUCUAACGUAGUUCAAAUAAACAACGAAGAUGAAACUAUAGAGGGUGUUAAACAGAUAGAUGAUAUUAUAAAAAAUAGUUUUCCUUCAUUGGACCCGGAGUCAUUGGACCUUAGAAGGAAACAGGCAUUGAUUAACUUGAUUAAAAACAAUGUUUUUGAUUUAGAUGAAGUCAAUAAAGUAUUAAAUGAAGAACAUGAAUCAGAAACUGAAGAAGAAAUUAGUGAGGAGACGAUGUAUAAAAAGUUGCCAGGGAGGAAGUCUAAAACACAAAGGAACAAGAUGAAACUAAUUAAGGAAGAUAAGAGAAGGAAAGCUGUAAUAAAAAGUAUAAAAAAAUUAAAAAACGAUGUGAACCAUAUCAAGAGUAUUAAUUCAUUUAAACCUUCCAACAAAGCAUCCGAAAUGGUUUCAAGAUUUAGAAACUUCGUAUCUAAACUUCUUUCUGGAGAAGUUCCCACGAAAAUAUCAAACAAAACGUACUAUUCAGACCCUCCAGAAGUUUAUCUGCCCGAAGAGAUGAAUUCUUCAGUUAAAAAUAUAGAUAAUCUCAACAAAAGCCCAAUCAGUCACAUCGUAAAAUCAAUAUACAGGCGGGGACUUUUACCACCACCGCCAAAGAUAACGCUUAGAUAUAAAAAUUAUUUGAAGAAGCUCAAAUUUUUAAACAGACCAUACGUUUAUAAGCCAGCCUUGACACCUUAAUACUGUAAAUUCGAACUUAUUAAUUUGAUUCUUAG